AUGGGGAAAUCCCACUUGUACCCCAAUGGAGAAAUCCUACUUAUGCCCCAAUGGGGAAAUCCCCAAGAGAUCCCACUAGGGCAUCCCUUAAAAGAAGAGAAAGAAAAACAAGAAGAAUCACUACUGACACUUUUAAAGAAGAAUAUCAAAAAAAUAAUUAUGGAUGAUAAUGAAGAAUCACAGGUUUUUAGCCAGACAAAUGAUGCUCGUAAAAAUUAUGAGAGUCUUGCAAUACCAGGUCCAUCUAAACAACUGUUCGGAAAUGAAGUUGAUGGCAGUAAAAACAAUCAUGUCAAUCAGAAAUUUAAAACUCCAAUAGCUCCACUAAAGCAAGCCGAUAAAACAAGAAGCGAGCCAGAUUUAAGGUUCGGAAAAGAAUCAAACCAUCAACAAAAACAACUGCAACAGCGUGACCAACAAAGUUAUAUACGAUUACAACAACAUACACUGCGGUUGAUGCAACAAGAAUACGAAAUGCGCGAUAAAAAUAUUUUAAAUGUUAAUGUAUGGUUCAUGAUUGGCAAAGAAUACUCAAAUUGUUGCGCAAAUGCCAUUAAAACUGUUUCCGAAAACCUCGCCUAUCUUUCAUCAAUUAAAGGUUUAAGUGAGCACUUGGAUGUUAUAGAAAAAGAAAGAAAAUUUCGAUUGCUAAGUGCUUAUGACCUACUUGUAAUACUGCGUGAAUGUCUUAGGCGGACUUGCAUCCAAUUAGAUGAAAUUUAUCAACGAUCUAUUGUCAAUGUUCCAGCGUGCCAACAAAUUUCGUUUUACAAUCAGGACUUCAAGGCUAAAAUUGGAUUUGUUGAACAAUUCAUAACUGGUAUGAAACGUACAAUGGAUGUUUUAUUUAUAAAAGAAGUCACGAAGAGUGAUUAA